ACAACCUUCUAGAAAAGUCAUUUGCGUGGUCAAUAAAGCAAGAACAUCGAAAUUUCAGUUUUGUUGCAUUUGCAAGAAAGGGGAAAAACAUUUUUAUUGCUACAAGAAAAUUAACUUCUGAAAGCACCCAUCUGAUUCAAAGGGGUACAGGUGGGCUAAACAAAAAAGAUGUCUGGGAAAGGACAAGUACUCCCAGAUUGUCCUAAUUCAUCAAAUCCCUACCACGAAUGCACUCAAUCUUGCCUCAAAAAGAUUUCUCAAGGCCAAACAAGCAAGGAUAAGAAGAAAUCAGGCUCGGUUAUCCUUGAUGUUUCCAGAAGUUUUGGCAGGAGAAAGAAGGAAAGUUCCCGGCCAAAUUCUCCACAAGUGCAUGACAAAUUGCCUUCUCCAAACGCAGUUUACCCAUCUGGUUUUGCUUCUAAGAAAAAGGUAGAAGUAGAAAAUGGUGAGGAUUUUCCUCAUUUUGAUGCUAAAGAAACUUUUGCCCAAUAUCCUUUUCUCAACAAGGGCCCAGUCCAAUCCUCUCAAUCAGUGCCUACGUCCGGAAUUCUCACACUGCCCGACAAUUCCAGAGACACUCCGAAGAUAAAUGGCGGCCUCUUCUAUGGAGAAACAACAAACAGUCGGGUAGAGGAUGAAAAGCUCCAUGCUUCACAAAACGGUGUUCCUAAACCUCUUCUUGAUGACAUGGGAGAACAUGGUGGUGGUGCUUCAGCUACCGAAUCCAUGAACUUUACUUUCACUGGUAUUACCAACCCUUUAGAAGGCAGCGAUGACGAAGAGAUCCAAUCUGUAAUUUCUGAUUCCUGCGUCUCCGUCGGACGAUAUCACGUAAAAGAAAGCUUAGCUUCCAUUCUGCAGUCCAUCUUUGACAAGUAUGGAGACAUAGCUGCAAGCUGCCAGUUAGAAUCCUUAUCCUUGCGCUCUUAUUAUCUGGAGUGUGUAUGCACUGUGGUGAAGGAGUUGCAAUCCAGUUCAGCUAUACAUCUGACCAAACCCAAAAUCAAAGAGCUGUCGGCCAUUCUUAAGGAUGUUGAAUCUGCUAAAAUUGAUGUCAGCUGGCUGCGAGGCAUAAUCAAUGACAUGACAAAAGAUGUUGAGCUCAUCAGCCAGCACCGAGCCAUUGAGUCAGCAAAGAGCAACUGUGACAGUGAGUUGGAAGCAAAAAGGAAAGAGCUAGCAUCUCAAAUGGAAGAUCUCUCUCUUAAAGAAAAAGAGGCUGCCAUUGCCAAGAAACAAGUAGCUAAAACCAGAGCUCGGCUGAGUGAGCUUGAGCUCAAAGCUUCCCAGCUCAAUGAGACUAUUUUGUCUAUCAGGUCCAAGGUUGAAAAUUUUCAGGGCAGAUCCUUGUUAGAUGAACUCUUGUGAUGCAACCGUGAACGAACCAAAAGGUUUCAAUUUCUCGUGUUGUAUAAGUACGGCAAUAGAACACCAUAAACUAGGACAUCAUAUAUUUGCAUGUUGUAAUACAAUUUGAAAUAAAGGGAUUGAAGGCUUUGUUCUA